CAAGACUGAACAACCUCUCAUAUCCAUGUUGUUUUUUGACGUGACUGGCACAAGACGACACAAGACGUUGUAUUUGCAGAAGUAGAACAGGUACCACCCUUCCGGAUGACAGGGGCUAAUGUAAACGGAAGUGUUUGCAGGUCACAUGGACAUCAACACUGAUAGGAUGGCAGACAGGUCCAAAGAGGUGAAAUCAAAAUCUUCAUCCCCUAAAAAGGGUAAAAGCACCCCAGCCUCUUUGUCUGAGCUUUGUGAACAGCUUACAGAAAGAAUUAGCCAGAUAUCACAGCUUUACACCAUCUCCCAUGAAGACCAACAGGCUCUGACAACAGUAUUGACCGGUGAGCUGGGUCUGAUCUGGCAGGACCUGAAAAUCCCGUCUGUCGACACCACGCUGACCCAUGAGGAGAACCUGCAGCUGCGCUGUCAGACCUUCAGCGAGGUUCUGCGCGUCUGCGAGCAGCUGAUUCUGCACUAUCUGCUCUCGAUGGACACUUUCAGGAGGCGUGGGGUCUUUAGUGACUACGCCAACCGAAGCAGACUGGUGGCUCAGAUGGCAUCAGACUGUACCAACCUCUUAAAUGUUCGCUCCAUUAGAUGUAGGAUUGUUUCGGGAAUUAAAGCUGCGAGGCGAAUUAAACCAUCAUCUGAAGAGGAAGAGAAGGUGGCACUACAGAGGAACACGCCCAAUAGGCAAUAUAAACAUGAUCUGCACUUUAAACAAUGGGAAAAGACUGCAGCAGAUGAUCUAAAGGAGAUUGAGGAGAACAUUGGAGAGCUGGAUCUGCAGCGUGUGUAUGAUCUCCUGCCCCGGCACGAAGACGCCAUCCCCUUCAAGAUAGAUGCAAAAUGUUCAACAGUCAGCUUGCCUCCCAGUAUACAGAAACAAGACAAGGAUGAGAAUCCCCAUCCAAACCGAUUUGUCAGAAUUAAGGGAUGUCAUUCCAUGCCAGACUUAUCCAGGGAGACACUAUUGGAGGAGCUGGAGAUAGCACCAAUCUCCCGGUCUGCAUCCUUGCUGGUCCUUCUAUCCACUGAGUCCAUCCUGAAGGAUCACAUCAACCCCAGAGAGGAUUUAAAGAGGUUAUUGGAAGACAGCGAUUAUGACGAUGACUCCAGUUGUGAGACAGAUCUGCCACCGCUUAUCAAGGCCCACUGCAGCUUUGAUUCCAGCAGGCUCCAAAAGCUCAAAGAAAGACUACAGAAAAUGGAGGAAGAGGAGGAGGAGAAGAAGAAGCACAAAGCUCCUUCAAAGAAACCUCAGUACCCACAAGGAGCCGUAGUAAAAAUGGUGGCUUCGCCUCAAAUCAUUGUGCACAUGGCAACAGCCAGGAUGUCAGACCGAGUUCUUCUAGAGAACAUCAAACUCAACAUGUACCCACCAGAGAUUGACUCUGCGUCACUCGCUCGAAUGGAUCAGAACUUGGUCGAAGACAAAAUAGAAAUGAGGAAAGUCUAUGAGGAACUAUCCAAAAGUAUUUCAACAAAGUAUUUUAGCUUUGAUGAGGACCCCAGGAUUGAACCUAUCCCAACUAAUGCUGCGUGCUGCCUGAACAGAAGCAAUAAUAAAAACCUGUUUAACCCAUCAUUAAUAAGGCCCAACCCAUACAGCAUAUCUCACAGAGAGAGAAUGGAGAUGGCAUCAAACAGGAAGAGGCCUGUGGAUGAGACCACUCGAGCAUAUAGAGCCUGGUUUAACUGGUGGAAGUGCCAACUAUCAUUCGAUGAUUACAUUAACUACAUUUCCAACCAGGACUCUGAUUAUCUGUCAGUGAUUUUUCACCUUUAUGACAGCGAGGAUGAGGAGGAAGAGAGAAAGAAGCUGGCACAGAAGCAGAAAAAGGAGAGGAGAAGGAGGCAGCAAGAAAGGAUUAAUUUACUUAGAAAAGUGAAGCAGGAAUAUGUUCCUGGAUUCUGGAAUGUCAACACCAUACAGAUGGGAGGAUUGGGAAAAGAUCCAGAACUGGAAGAGACUAAUCCAGAUGAGAAAACACAGGAUGUGUCUGAGGGAGAGAGUAUGUGUUUUGGAGAGAUGGAUGGAGAACAGGUGCAGGCCAGGCUGAAGAAAGUCUGGAACGCUCUCUAUCUACCAGAGGGACAGCGGUUAGACAUGGCCAUCAAAUACAGCACCUAUGAGUACAGGGACCAUCUGCCGGAGGCAAUCGAUGCAUGGGAGCAGGCUGCUCGGUUGAUCCAGCAGAGGGAGCUUUUGUUGUCUAGGUUGGAGGAUUUCGAAAGGGAGGCAUCUGACCCCUGCAGAUUUUUCCAGCAAGGUUAUCACGGUUCAUCUAUUGCUCGAAUGGAGGAGGCAAGUCGCCGAGAAAAGCUCAGCUCUCAAAUUUCAGCUGUUGAUAAAGAAUUGUCCAAGACCAUUGGCCACAUCACAACCCGUUUUAAUGACAGCAUCACCUAUAAGGGUCGACCGUACAAGGAUAAAAUGCGCUGGGAUCGUAUCGAGAUGCUGUACUGGUUGCAACAGGAGAGGAGGGUUCAUUCACUGGAGAGGUUUGCACAGGGACAGACAGCUUUACCUGGGAGGUUGCCUCCUCUAAACCACAACCAGGAACUUUACUCUCUUAACCAUGAAACUAUGCAGGACUGUAUCCGACAGUCUCAAUCAAGAGAGAUGAGAGAUACAGCCAAUUACAACAAUACUUGAAAUUCUUAUCCACAUGUACAUGUGAAAAGACAUGCAAAUAAAACAAGAUUUAUGUUUUUUUAUA